UCCACCAACAAAGUUUACACAACAAGACGUUAGAAUUUACACCGACUGGGCGAGACCUUACGUACUCCAACUCUUCUUUUACUUAAUAUAUACUUGUUUUACUUCUUAUUUACUUCACAUAAAUAAUAUUAUCUCUUCUCGUUACCAAAUACGACACAGGAAUGAACAUGGACAGUGCCGUUUAUUGGUCUAGGAGCAGCAUAAUAGCGCUCCUGGAGAAGGUGAGGGAGUUUCCUUGCAUCUGGGACUUCGAAAGCCCAGAUUUUAAGAAAAAACUCCUCAAGAGGGAUUGCUACCACCGCAUAUGUGAUUCCUUGAGAGCGGAGUUUGUCGAGAUGAAGGACCUCACUGCAGAUCAUGCAAAGAAUAAAUUCAAUCAUUUGAGGACAUAUCACCAAAGAGAACUCAAGAAGAUUGAAAAUAUGCCUAGUGGAUCCGGGGGCCAGCAGAGUUCCAAAUGGGAAUACUUCAACCACUGCUCUUACAUGCAGCCUGGGGGGUGUCUGUACAGAGAGAAGAGUAACGGGAAACACCCUCCGAGAGAAACAGAAGGAACACAGCCAGACCAGGUGGAGGAAAAUGCAAGUAAAAAGAGGAAACUCCAUCACAGUGAGUUCAGUACAGCUGACACAUUGCAUCAGGACCAUCUACCAGGGAAUGAGCAGUUCAUGGAAAACAGACCUGAGGCUGCAACCAGACCUAUCUUGCCUUGCCAGACAUCACAUAAUAACCAGACAACAUUUACAACAUUCAGACCAAGAAUUGAGGAAAACCAAACAGCAGAUAGAUAUUCGCAUCAGACCCUAAUCUUAAAGGGUUUGCUGGAGGACGCAUCUUUUGCUGAUGUGACGCUGACAGCUGAGGGACAGUCGUUGAAGGCACACAAGGCAGUGUUGUCAGCCAUGAGUCCCUACUUCAAAAGUGUGUUGCAGAACAACCCAAGUCCUCACCCCAUCAUCAUCAUGCCUCUGGACAUGCAAUUCGAGGAUCUCAAAGGAAUUAUAGACUAUAUUUAUGUAGGCGAUAUAACUGUGGCGACUGAGAAUCUGUCCUCACUGUUUAAGGCAGCUCGAGUUCUUCAGAUUUCUGGCUUAUCAGCAAUUGAUGCUGUAGGUGUAAGGUCAUCUGAUAUACUCUUAUCAUCCAGUAAUGCAAAAUUAACAUCCAAAGACUGUAGCCAUACUGCUUUGUCAACUGGAACCAACCAAAUUAGUCUCAAGAUCAGAAGAAAUGAAAAUACCAAUAUACUGCAGUCAUCUCAUGGAUCCAGAAAGAGUAUAGUAUCAUCACCCAUUGCCAUGCAAAAUCUGCCCCAAGGCAAAAGGCUGGAACAAAUGCACAAAGGGGUGAGCAAUUUAGGGCCUGCUGUGGAGACUGUUGACCCAUUAGAGACAAAUAACCAUAAGAAACCUGAAAGUGGAGCUUCAUCCGAUGGACGGACAAAACAAAAAAGCUCGACACUGGCCGAUGUCUUCAUGCUUUUACCUGAUGAAGAAAGCCUUUCAGUUGACACAGAUGGUGAAGUUACAGAAGAGUUUAAGGAAGAAUUAUGUGAUUCCCACCCUCAUCAGCAUGGGAGUGAAGACUCCUUCGAUCAGUCUUCAAGCAUAUCUGAUGAAAAGGAAUACAAGACCUUGAAUACUGUGGAAAUUAAAGAAGAACCAAAUUGUUAGAAAAAGCAGGGAAAUGAGACGAACAUUUGCUCUUGAUUCUGAAAAAAAAAUUGUUAUGAAAUUGUGGUAUGAUUUUAUUGUUGUUGUUGUUGUUAUUGUAUAGUAGUAGUAGUAGUAAUAGUAAUAGUAUUAGUAAUAGUAAUAGUAAUAGUAAUAAUAGUAGUAAUAGUAGUAGUAGUCCAGUUACCAAAUGCAAUUUUCUCUGACAUCUUGAGUUUUUCUUUCAUUUUGUUUUCUUGAUGGAUAGGCACAAGUAAUGAGCAGCUUUAAUGACAAUGCAAAAUAUGGAAUGCUGAGGAAUUUUCAUGAAAAUAAAAUUAUUUCUUGACAUUCCUUUUAUUUUGUUGAGUUGUCUAAUUAUCACUUUUUUCCUUUUUUUUCCUUUCUUUCUUUUCAAGAUGUCAAACCAGGAAUUUAUGCCUUGUUGGCCGGACUAAGAAUUUGCUUUCUCUUGUUAACAUUUUGAAUAUAGUAUUUGUAUAUGUAUUUUGAAAUAGAUUUAUGCAGAUGUUUACUUUUUAAA